AUGGUGGCUCUCCUCCGGGAGUUAGCAGAAUCCCAUCGGAGCACACUACUGUUGGGGGACUUUAAUGCCCCUGAGGCUAACUGGGAGGACGGUGCUUCCAUAAGAGGCACCUGAAAAGUCCGCGAGAAUGCUCUUAGUGAAGAUGCGAAGGCAGCACAACAGGCCGAAAUGGAGAGAAGGAAACGCAUGUUGGCCAAAGAGGGAGUUGAUCAAACAAAGUUUUCCAACAUCGAAUUCCUUCUUAAUGAUGGUGUUUCAAAUGUUGAUAGCUGUUUAUCCGCAGUUUCCGGAGAUGGCGAGGGUUCCCUUGCCAGUUCUGACGCUGAGGCAGUUGACAUUCCUUCGAAAAAAAGAAAAGACUCAUCCGAACUUGGACUGGAUGGCCACGUUUCUCCUGACGAAGAAUCCAACUCCGAAGUGAAGUUUCCACGCGAGACAGAUGCUCAUUCUGAGGAUUUUGAGUCGCAGAGCCCAUCUGGUACCACUCAGAAAUCCCUAAUAGACAGGAGCGCACCAUCUGCCGGCGGGGCUUCUGCAUCAGCCAACCUCUUUGGUUCGAAAUGGAACAGUGAACGGGGUGGUCAAACACAGGAUGAUGCUAUCCUUCUUGGAGACUCGGACGACGAACAUGACCAAGUUGAACAAGCACUGCACUUGUAA